GGCGACGUAGCUUUCCGUAGGGUCCGCUACUGCAGUUGGUUCCUGGCGGGGGCCGCCGGGGAUGGAAGCCUCCUGGCGCCAGGUGGCCGGUGGCCGAGGCCGAGCCCGAGGACGGGCCACCGGGGCCCCCUCCUCGGGAAAUGGAGUCCAUCUCCGCGGCGCCGGAGGAGGGCGAGAGAAGGGGUCGGUGGGCGCUGCAGGUCCUGGCCCCAGCCCCGGAGGAGCGGCGACCGCUGCGGCUGCAGGUAGCUCCUCCCGGCGCAGCCCCGCGGGACCUGGAGCCCCGCAGCCUUCCGCGGCCAGUGCAGAGCUCAUGUCUCAAAGGAAAUUUGAGGAGAUCAAGAAGGCUAAUCAAGCUGCAGCCAAAAAACUUGUUGAAGAACACUUUAGCUCUUCCUCUGAAGAAGAAGGAGAUGAAGAUUUUGAGGGAAAACGGGGGAAAAUAGUUGCUAAUACGUUUAUAACCUACACUACUCAGACAGAUGGAGAUACACGUGAAUUAGAGCGAACAAAACAGUACGUAAAUGAAGCUUUUCAAGCAGGGGCUAUGACGUGCUUAAUUUGUAUUGCUUCAGUGAAGAGAAACCAAGCAGUUUGGAGCUGUUCAGGAUGUUUCUGUAUAUUUCACAUGCCCUGUAUCCAGAAGUGGGCUAAAGACAGCCAGUUUCUGAUAUCUUCUCCUUUGACAGAUGAUGAUUUUGGGAAGAGAGAUUAUUCCUGGCCUUGUCCAAAAUGUCGGUUUGAAUACAAGCGAUCUGACACACCUAGUAGGUACUAUUGCUAUUGUGGGAAAAUAGAAGACCCACCUUUAGAUCCAUGGCUUGUGCCUCAUUCAUGCGGCCAAGUGUGUGAGAGAGAAUUUAAACCUCCUUGUGGCCAUAAGUGUUUACUCCUCUGUCAUCCAGGUCCCUGUCCUCCUUGUCCAAAGAUGGUCACAACUACUUGUUACUGUAAGAAAGCAAAACCUAUCCCUCGUAGGUGCAGUGCCAAAGAAUGGUCCUGUCAGCUGCCAUGUGGGCGGAAGUUGCUUUGUGGACAGCAUAAAUGUGAAAAUCCGUGUCACGCAGGAAGUUGUCCACCCUGUCCACGAGUUAGUAGACAAAAGUGUGUCUGUGGCAAACAAGUAGCUGAAAGAAGCUGUGCAAGUCCAUUGUGGCACUGCGACCAAGUAUGUGGGAAAACACUGCCAUGUGGUAAUCAUACAUGUGAGCGAGUUUGCCAUGUUGGUGUUUGUGGAGAAUGUCCUCGAUCUGGGAAACGGUUCUGUCCAUGUCAGAAGUCAAAGUUUUCUUUGCCUUGUACAGAAGAUGUACCGACUUGUGGAGACAGUUGUGACAAAGUACUUGAAUGUGGGAUCCAUAGAUGUUCACAGCGUUGUCACCGAGGUCCUUGUGAAACAUGUAGACAAGAAGUAGAAAAGCAAUGUCGCUGUGGAAAGCACACAAAACGAAUGCCAUGUCAUAAGCCUUAUCUGUGUGAAACUAAGUGUGUUAAGAUGCGGGACUGUCAGAAGCAUCAGUGUAGGAGAAAGUGUUGCCCUGGAAACUGUCCGCCUUGUGAUCAAAACUGUGGACGGACAUUAGGAUGUAGAAACCAUAAGUGUCCAUCCGUCUGCCACAGAGGUAGUUGCUAUCCCUGCCCAGAAACUGUAGAUGUGAAGUGCAGCUGUGGCAAUACAAAGGUGACAGUGCCCUGUGGCCGAGAGCGCACCACGAGACCGCCCAAAUGCAAAGAGCAAUGCAGUCGACCACCAACUUGCCAUCAUACAAGUCAAGAAAAACAUCGCUGUCACUUUGGCUCUUGUCCUCCAUGUCAUCAACCUUGCCAAAAAGUUUUGGAGAAAUGUGGUCACUUGUGUCCUGCUCCAUGUCAUGAUCAAGCAUUAAUAAAGCAAACUGGCAGGCACCAGCCUACAGGCCCUUGGGAACAGCCUUCUGAGCCAGCAUUUAUUCAGACUGCAUUACCUUGUCCUCCAUGCCAAGUUCCUAUUCCUAUGGAAUGCCUUGGGAAGCAUGAGGUGAGUCCACUACCAUGCCAUGCUGUAGGACCCUACUCUUGCAAGAGAGUUUGUGGCCGAACCUUAGGUUGUCAGAAUCAUACGUGUAUGAAGGAAUGCCACAAAGUAACUGAAGUUGAUGCCAGCACUGGCAAAAACAAGGCUGGCCCAGAAUGCCUGCAGUGUGAAGAAGGGUGCUCUAAGUCACGGCCGCCAGGCUGUCCUCACCCGUGUGUUUUGCCAUGUCACCCUGGAGAAUGUCCUCCUUGUGUUCAGAGGCUUAGAAUAAAAUGUCACUGCAAGAUCACAAGCCUGUAUGUGGAAUGUAGAAAAAUAACCACAGCUGAUGUAAAUGAAAAGAACCUUCUCAGUUGUUGCAAAAAUCAGUGUCCUAAAGAGCUUCCUUGUGGUCACAGAUGCAAAGAGAUGUGCCAUCCUGGUGAAUGUCCCUUUAAUUGCAACCAGAAGGUAAAGCUUAGAUGUCCUUGUAAAAGAAUAAAAAAGGAAUUGCAGUGCAACAAAGUGCGUGAAAAUCAGAUUUCAAUAGAAUGUGACACAACAUGCAAGGAAAUGAAGCGGAAAGCAUCUGAGAUAAAAGAAGCGGAAGCCAAAGCUGCUCUUGAAGAGGAAAAACGAAGACAACAGGCCGAACUGGAGGCUUUUGAAAACAGACUAAAGGGUCGUCGGAAGAAGAACAGAAAAAGAGAUGAAGUGGCAGUUGAGCUAACGCUGUGGCAAAAAUACAGAUACUGUCUCCUUCCAUUGUGUGCAGUUGUGGUUCUAGUGUUUGCAUGGUACAUAGCCUAUGAUGUGGAUUAAAACAUUUUGAUGUGUUAAUAUACCUCAGACUGGAUUUCAAUAAGUUGUUAAAUUUGGAAUAUUAGAGAGUGUAUAUAGUAGAACAUGCUAUAGAUUCACAUUCAUCUCUGUAUUCUCUUCCAGCUCUUGUUAGAAGGGCAGAGUGUUAAGCUUUAUCUUCGUUAGCAUACUAGAAGUGGCAGGAUAACAUUGUUUGAUAGUAAAAGCAUGACUGAAAUUGUAAAGUAUUUCAAUAGGCAGAGCUCGUGGCAGGGUAACAUGUUAUUGUUUGCUGUGCUUCCUUCUAUUAACAUAGUUGUUUCAUUUACUAUUUCAAACCCACAUUUUUUUUUUUUUUUUUUGCAAAAUUAAGAUGAAACUGAGCCAUAUGUGCAGUAAGAGGAAUAUUUCACAAUGUUUUGGUUACUUAUUAAAAGGUACUUUUCUUGAUUAUGUAACUUUCUACUUUUUAAAAAAAAAGGAUUCUCUAAAAGACCUCUUAAAUUGUAGCAUGAAGCUAUAUAAUUAGAUUCCAGAAAUCAGUUUAUUAGUGAUGAAUUUUUAUCAGUUAUUGAUAUAAAUUUUUAUGUAGUAUAUUCCUCCAAAAUACUCUUUUCAGAAAAUGUCAGGCUAGAUUCCUCAUAUGUGGCUAUUUCUUGUGUAAGAAGCUCUUAACUGAAGUUGGCAUGUUUUGUAAAACUUAUGUGUCUUUUCAAAGUAAUAAUAAAAGAAAAACUAAUA